CUACCACACCGAACCUCCCGCCAUCUUGGGCGCCUUUAUGCAGCGAAGGGAGGUGGGGAGGAGGUUGCCUUAAGCCAGGAGAAAGAAUGAAGGGAUGUGUGCCUGCCAAAACCUCCAAGGGAAUCACUGAGGAAGAAAUUAAGUUGAGAAAGACUUCUCCAGGUCCCUGCAGUCUCUCUCUGUGGCUUCCGUCUGGUACUGAGAUCCCCUAUCCUUCCUGCGAGUGGUACGGUCAGAGAGUGCGCCGAGCAAAGCCUUCCGGCGGGAAGAAGAGACCACCGAGGGCGCGGGCCGGGCUGGGGAGGACAGAGGAGGGAGGUAGUAUGGCUCUGCCGGGUGGAAAUAAGGAUAACAUCAGGGCUGGAUGCAAGAAGUGCGGCUACCCUGGUCAUCUGACAUUUGAAUGUCGAAACUUCCUCCGGGUAGAUCCGCAAAGAGAUAUUGUUUUAGAUGUUAGCAGCACUAGCAGUGAAGACAGUGAGGAAGAAGAACUACAGAGACUGCAAGCCAUGCGUGAAAAAAAGAAUUUAAAUGAGGAGGAAGAAAAAAAGAAACAAAAACGAAAAAGCAAGGAAAAAGCAAAAUUGAAAAGACCAAGGAAAAGAUCUUCCUCAUCAAGUGCAGCUGAAGAGGAUGGGCCAAAGUCAAAAAGACAAAAACCACACAAAAAAGAAAGAGAAAAGGAAAAAAAGAAUAAAUCUAAGAAAGGAAAACAUCAUAAAAAGGAAAAAAAGAAGAGGCGAAAGGAAAAAAGUUCACCUUCUGAUAGUUCAGACAGUUCUAGUAGUGACUGAGGUGCUGGCCUAUUUUUGUGUUCACUUCUGCAGAGAUGAUUUUCCUUUCAAAUCAAAAUUAUUAUGCUUUGCAAUCCUGUUGUUUUAAAAUGUAUUUAUAUAUUUUAUAUAUAUGUUUAUGUAUAUAUAAAAUAUAUAUAUUUGAAUAUAUUUUAUGUAUAUAUUAUACACAUAUUUUUAAGAAAUCUGUUUGCAAAUAUCAGUGCUUCAAACUUUUAAAAAGACUUUUGGGAAAAAGUCUUGUUCUUCUGCUUAAAGACAUUCAAAUCUGAUUAGUUCUUCACUCUAAGUUCAGUUGUGAAUACUUGUGUUUGGAAUCCUUUACUGUAGGAUAUGAUAAAAUUCAGUUUGCAGGUCUUUGUGUAGAAAGAUGUGGGUUUAAAUAUAUGUACUAACAGAAUGGGUAAAUCAAACCUGGAAAUUCAAAUGAAAUUUUCUAUUAUGUUAUAUUUUAAAUAAAUGUAUGUUUUUCAGAACA